AUGGCUCUCUCUCCCCAGAUCACCAACCUGAUCAUCAUCUUGGGUAUGAUGCAGGUGUCGAAGCGUGUUCCCUUCGAUGAUCCUUUCGUGCUCAACGUCGUUCGCGCCGUCUAUCUCGCCAGCAACGUCAUCAUUGCUGCUCUCUACUUCUACACCCAGCUGAAGAUCAACAAGAAGAAGGACCUCACAACCCUCAAGUAUGUCGAGCCCGCUCCCAUGGGCUCCACUGAGGAGGGCAAGCUUGUCACCACCACCAUCCACGCCUACGACAACCAGCAGAUCCGCACCGCUUUCCGUGGCCAGGCUAUGGGCAUGGCCAUGAUGGCCUUCAUGCACAUCUACAUGAAGUACACCAACCCUCUUCUCAUCCAGAGCAUCAUCCCUCUCAAGAGCGCCUUCGAGAACAACAUGGUCAAGAUCCACGUCCUUGGCCAGCCUGCCGCCGGUGACCUCAAGCGUCCCUUCAAGCAGCCCCAGGGUUUCAUGAGCGCCAUGCAGGGUGGCCCCGCCCAGAGCGACAAGAAGGCCGUUGAGGCUGCUGAGCGCGCUGGCCGUGGUGGUGCCAAGGAGGAGUAA